AUGAAGAGCGCGACAGGAAAGCUUCUCGCUGCGCCUUUGUUGGCUGCGGGUGCUCUUGCGCAAUUCGUACCUGCGCCAAAGGAUCUUAUUACUAAAGAGGGCUAUGCGAAUGUUAGUGUACGGUACAAGGAGGUACCUGCUGGCAUCUGUGAGCUUGACCCGAGUGUCAAGAGCUACAGCGGAUAUGCAGAUGUGGCUGAGGACCAGCAUAUCUUUUGGUGGUUCUUCGAGGCGCGCAACCAGGACCCGACUGAUGCGCCGUUGACAGUGUGGAUCAAUGGAGGCCCAGGCUCCAGCUCCAUGAUCGGUCUUUUCCAGGAAUUGGGACCAUGUGGUAUUGGCCCUGACAUGAAGCCGUUCAACAAUCCGUACUCGUGGACGAAUGCAAGCAACAUGCUGUUCAUCGAUCAACCAACAGACGUCGGGUUCUCAUACUCUAUUCCUAUCCCCGGCUACAGCGACGGCAGCACGAUCGUUCAGCUGCCGAAUGCGACCUGCCCAGACUACGCUGAGAACUAUGGAACUUGCGGAACAUACUCUAAGCCGGACCACACCUUGACCGCCAACAGCACCGAGAGCGCGGCGCCAAACAUGUGGAAGACACUACAAGGAUUCAUGGGCGCAUUCCCCCAGUACUCGCGCAACGGCUUUAGCUUCACCACCGAGAGCUACGGCGGCCACUAUGCACCCGUCUUCAACGCCUACUUCCUCGACCAGAACGCGAAGAACAUCAGCGGCGCACACAAGAUCGAGCUCGAGAACGUGCUAAUUGGUAACGGGUGGUUCGAUCCACUUGUCCAGUACCAGGCCUACUACAACUACUCCGUCUUCCCUGGCAACACCUACGACUACGACCCGUACAACGACACAGUCAAAGCUGAGUGGUACAACAACCUCUACGGCCCUGGAAACUGCGUAGACCGCACCAAGCAGUGCUACGAGACGGGAAUCAACUCGGUCUGUGCCGCCGCAGAUGACUUCUGCUACUCCAAGGUCGAGAACCUCUACGACAUCUACAGCGGACGCGACGAGUACGACAUGAGGUUCUUGACGCCUGACCCGUUCCCCUACGACUACUUCAGGGAUUAUCUGAACCUGCCGGAGGUGCAGCAAGCGGUUGGCGCGUUCCAGAACUUCUCGUCGAGUGCCAGCACGGUCUCUGCGGCGUUUGGCAACACGGGUGAUGACGACCGUCCAUCUGGCACCAUCGCUGCUUGCCAGAAAUUGCUCGAUGCUGGCGUUCAGGUUAUGCUGUACUACGGCGACGCCGACUACAACUGCAACUGGCUCGGCGGUCAGGUGGUCGCAGACAUGAUCAACGCAACUGGCUACUCCGAGGCUGGAUUCACCAACAUUACCACCAGCGACGGUAUCGUGCACGGCCAAGUCAAGCAGGCUGGACUUUUCUCUUUCCUCCGCAUCUACGAGUCCGGCCACGAGGUACCUUUCUACCAACCUCUUGCGUCGCUUGAGAUCUUCGAGCGCGCGCUUAAGCAGGUCGACAUCGCGACUGGUAAGGAGAAGUUUGCCGCGGAUUACUUGACCGUGGGUACACCGACAAGUGACUACAGAGAGGGCAAUGCCACGAUCCAGUUCGAGGUGACGCCGGCUAACGCGACAUACAACACUGCGCUCAACGGACCGGACCCUGAGCCUACCUGGGCGGCUGGCGAGGAAGUCGCGAAGCGGUCGGAACUGAGAAAGCGGAAUGUUGGGAGGUUUGGCAGGCCGAAGAUGUCGAGGGGCGGCAAGAGGGCUGCUUAG